UGCGGGCCCUCGGGGGCGGGGGGGAACAUGGCGGCCCCCAGGGGCGCGCAGCACGGCCCCGCACCGCGCCCGGCCCAGCCGGCGGGGCGGGACACGGCCCUCCGAGGGCUUGCGGCCGGCCCUCCGCAGUCAUGAGCGGCUUAUGGCGCGUCCGUGUAUAGAUACACGUGUGCUUGCGUGUGUGUGUAUAUACAUGUGUGUCCAUGCGCCUGUAUACGCGCACGGAAGUGUUCGCGCAGGGUUCGGCCCUUCGGCAGGGCCCUCAGACAGGGAAAGCGGAUGUGCCAGGAAAACCUCCGCUGGUUUUGUGGUGUUCGGUGUGUUUCCUGUCUCUGCCGCCACUGCAGGAAGCCAGGGGGUUGGUGUUUCCUGCCUGUUGUAGAUGCAGUGUUCUCCAUUGAAGUUGUCCUUCGGGAAUUAUGUGGGUGUCUGGCAGAGAGGAGCUGCUACUGGAAAAAUCGUGCUUGCCACUGGAAAGGAGUGGUUAUAAUUACAAUUGGUGAGCAGAAAACUUGUUUUUAAUGAAAUAUCCGGCCUGUGUUGAGAAACAAGUCAGAAAACCCAGCCAAAGCCACAUGUCAUCUGAAACACCCACAGACAGUCCGGAGGUGCCAAUGGAAAAUACCCUAUUCCCUAAAGUUCCUGAAGUGGAAGGAAAGGCAAAGUCAAAUGACAGUCCAGUAGAGAGACUGGAGGCAGGCUCAGGCAAGGAAGAAUGCCUUGAGUCCAUGUCCAAGAGACAAAGGAAGAAGCUCUUGAAGCAGAAGCAGUGGGAAGAACAGAAAGAUCUACGGAGGCAGAAACGAAAAGAAAAACGCCAGAAGAGAAAACUAGAACGUCAGUCAAAAUUGGAUUCCAGUAGCGAGGGCAAUGACAGAAAGUGCAUGCGCAGGGAAGUUGUUCCUAGCACGCUUCGCCUCAUCGUGGACUGCAGCUUUGAUGACCUGAUGGUGUUAAAGGAUGUUAAGAAGCUUCACAAGCAGAUUCAGAGAUGCUAUGCAGAAAACCGCAAGGCAUUUCAUCCUGUGCAGUUUUACUUGACCAGCCAUGGGGGACAGUUGAAGACCAACAUGAAUGAAAAUGACAAAGGAUGGGUGAAUUGGAAGGAUAUCCAAAUUAGACCAGAGCACUACAGUGAACUAAUAAAGAAAGAAGACCUAGUAUAUCUUACCUCAGAUUCCCCAGACAUUCUCAAAGAGCUUGAUGAGAAGAAAGCCUAUGUGAUUGGAGGACUGGUGGAUCACAAUCACCACAAGGGAAUUACUUACAAAAAGGCUGUGGAGCAGGGAAUUGAUCAUGCGCAGCUCCCGCUUGGAAACUUUGUCAAAAUGAACAGUCGGAAGGUGUUAGCUGUCAAUCAUGUGUUUGAGAUCAUCCUUGCAUACCUGGAGAAGAGAGACUGGAAGGAGGCCUUUUUCAGUGUCCUGCCACAGAGGAAAGGGGCUGUUCCUUUGGGAGAAGCCAAUGAUUCAUCCAAACAUGCUCUGUCCGGAAAAGAAGAUGGAGACAAUGACUCAGACAGCAACUAGGCUUCAGAAUGGGAUGAUGGGAAAGAUGAGACAUGGAGUUUGUGGAAUAAAACUGGGACAUGAACUGGUUUUACUUCAAGGACCAUCUGCGACCCUUGUAAUGCUGAGUUGUCUCAGGGCUUGGUAGUCCCAGAGCUGUUUCUGUGCACGAAGGGUUAAGUUAAAUGCAGGUUUUUACCCUGAAACUUCAAUAUAAUAGCUUUAAAAAAUAUAGCAAAUGCAGCAUUUAUUUUUUCCCAUGGAAGCUGUUUAAUUUAAUUUUUUAACAUUAUUUUUUAUACAUACCAAGUUGCCUAGAUACAUACCAUAAAUGCCUAGAGCAUUAGUACUUACUAUUUUAAUGUAUACAUUUUUGUCUCCAAUUCUGUUCAAAAGUUUUCUUAAAAGCAAUGAAUGACAAGUGCUCCUUUGGCUCCAAAAGGAGCUUCCUUUGGCACUGUACCACUAGAGCCUGCUGCAAAGUGUGCAUGAACACUCAAAGCUAAAAUUCUGACUUUCCUGAGCAUCUCAACAGACAAUGACAAGCAACUGAACUGCCUGAUUUAUAUAUUGUGUUUAGUUAGCUGGGGUCAGUAGAUUAAGUAUGAAUGUGGGGUUAAGCCAGUGCUUUAUACUUGAGCUUGAGAAGGAUGGGUGUUAGCACAGGUGCAAACCAUUUGCCAAGCAAGGUGCACACUGAGGUGACUCAAUCACUUUUGAUUCUUUCUUCAUAUUCUCAGCAAAAAUUAUCACAGCCUCAGAACAACACCAGGAGGGAGGAAGUCAUCCUUACAUGUCACUCAGAUUCAGUAUUCCUGUGUAAUCACAUGAUCCUUUAUGCAUUGUAUUGUCUAUCAAAUAUUUUUCCUUUAAAAAAAAAUCUUAGUCUUGUCUGGAUGUUCUGAUUCAUCAACUGACUUUAGUGCUUUGGCAAAGUAGUGAAGUGGACACCUUGGAAGUGAGGCUGUGCUUCAGCCCUGUGAGCCUGCCUAUUCCUUUCUUCUCCAGGGGGUAGCCAGGUAGCUUCAGUGCCUGAAUAAGUGCAGCUCUCACACAGGUUUCUUAUGCCUGAAGAGCACGAGGACAUGGCUUCCUAAGUGUUUCUCUCUGCUGAGCUGCAGUCAGAGGGCUGAUUCAAGUAUGACUUGCCUUGUGCCCAUUUUUCUUCCUCUCUUCUUAUUACUGCUUUUAAGUGGGGUCCCUGUGGGUCCUUAUGGUCUGUAAAGGCUUGGCAACCAACUGGUUAUGACUUACACACUUAGUGCACUUCUCUCUACAUCUUCUAAAAGGUGAAUAGAAAAGUUUCUUCUGUUAAAAGGAUCAAUUGUGGUUUGUUGCUGAAGUCUCACAGAGUUUUUCUUGGGCUUUACAAAACUGUGAUUGCUUUGUUACAGAAACUAGAUCAGCCUUUUCAUAAAAGUAUUGCUGGUUUAAUUUCUGUAACAGAAAAGGCAGUAUUUCUGCCUUUUAGUAUUUCUGCCCUUUAUAAUACUUACUGGGUACUGCCAGUACCCAGUAAGUAUUAUACUGAUUCUCUAACUGAAACGUGUAAAAUUGCAAGGAAUUACACCUUUAUGGCUGAGGUUCUGCAUGUUAAUGCAUGUAGCACCUAUUAAACCUGAUUUAAGACUCCUCAGUCUGUCCAAAGUUUCCUUAAGAACAUUUCAUACAUGUGCCUCAUUUACUUAAGCUUGAGAGUGUAGGAGCAGAUGGCUCAGACUGGGAACUUUCGGACACAUGCUGAAAGGGUUCCAAGGCAUCUUAAAGAAUUGUUGUGCAGCUUAAAACAGCCUUACAACUUUACCAGUGAAAUUAGAUACACACAUACAGGUGUUUUUAAAUUCAGCUGCUUCAAUCUGAAGCUUUCCUUCGAUGGAGAAAUCGAAGGAAAACAUGGUCUGGUGUGUUGCUGUUCAAAGGCUGCUCAUGCCAACUGCCCAGUGUCACAGCAGCUCAGUAGCUGCUACCUGUUCGUACACGUUGCUUGUCUUACCCACCUGGUCUUCCUGUCCCCCAUCACAAGAAGCAUGGCCAGCAGCACAAGGGAGGUGAUCCUCCUGCUCUGCUCUGCUCUGCUCUGCUCUGCUCUGCUCUGCUCUGAGAGCCCACCUGGACUGCUGCAUUCAGAUCUGGGGCUCACAACAUAUGAAGCCCAUGAACCUGUUUGAGCAAGUCCAGAUGACGGCAUGAAGAUGCUCAGAAUGCUGGAGCACUUUUCCUGCAAACAGGCUGGGAGAGCUGGAGCUGUUAAGCCCAGGAGAAAGGAAGGCUCUGGGGAGACCUUACAACACCUUUCAGUACCUGAAGGGGGCCUACAGGAAAGCUGUAGAGAGACUUUUUCCAAGGACGGGUAGUGAUAGGACAAGGGGGAGUGGCUUUUAACUGACAGAGGGUGGGUUUAGAUUAGGUAUUAGGAAGAAAUUCUUCACUGUGAGGAUGGGGACUUCUAAUUGUUUUUCAUUUUGAAUUUAUGUACUGUAAACAAGUUAUAGCCCUGUUUGGCACUCUGGUGUUCUGGCUUGUGGCAUGCUACUUAAGAAAGCACAUUUAUUCUUCAUUUUCAAUCUACAGGCUGUUCUCAAUAUUUUCAAGAUGGACACUUGCAUAUUUCAGGCAUGGCCCACUAAUGCAUUACACUGGAAGCAGAGAUAACUCCCUGUCCUGUUUUAUAAUAAGAAACGACAAGGAAUUUGUUUCUGAUAACAGAAACAAAUACUUAUGUGCAGUGCUUUAGGGCACUUCUUAAAGAAAGAUCUUUCUUUGAACUAGCUUUAGCUGUACAAAGUUAAUGAAACAGAAGGAAAACACACUGGGAAGUUCUCUGCUUCACCCUGCUGUCCUCAGGGAAGAUCAGCUCUGACAUGCUUGUUUAACCAAGACUUAGAGACCUCCAAUGUGAUUUGUUCCUGGGCCACCACGAUGUUGGAGAACAUUAAAAAGACAAUCUGCAUAGAAGUUCUAGUACAGGAUCCCUGGGUUUCACCACCAGGUGUCAUUGCUGUGCUUAGGAAAGCUCUGGACUUUUAUCACUUAGCUUUGUAAGGUUUCAGGUACUGCCAGAACUAUUGCUCAGCAAUGUUGGGCCGCAGAAUACAUCCAGAGAUCUCUAAACCUGUGUAAUAAAGCAUUAAAAGGGCAAUAAAGAAGGUAUGGCUCAAGGAAUCUGAAAAGCAAGAAACAGAAAAUAGGAAGAGGAUGUGGCAGCAAGUCAAACCUUUUGGCUGAAUGGGCAAACUGUCUUUUAGUUGCAUGCAGUGGGGAGGUCACAGCAGAUGCCAUAAGUGAUCAUAUUGUUUUGUUCCCUUCCAACCGAGCUUCAAUCCCCUUGGUUCAGAUUUCUGACGUCAGGGACUCCAGCCGUGUUCAUCUGCAUCCAUGUUGUGACAAUUUCCCAAACGCUGUACUGUUGCAGGUUACUGUACUUUCUCCCAUCUUCUCCAUUCCCUGGAUUCAUGCCAAUUUGCCUUUGCUUUGGCUUCCACAUGUCUGAUUUCAUAAUAUAUCCUCACUGACCCUAUGUUUGCUUAUGGAGCAAUAGAGUUUGAUUCUAGACAUGACUGCAGAAGAGCCUCUGAGUAGAAGAGCGUCUACCUGAACAGCCCCGUCUGAGAGGCUUCUGGUCACAAAGUUGACAACGAUGGUGGGGUUUGCAGAGCACUCUGGCAUGCUGCACAGGGGUGUAGCUGUCCAAGGGGAUCCACAUUGAUGGUUAUUACAAAAUUCCGUGGGCAUGACAAGACACAUGCACUCAAGGCAGUCUUGGGACAAUGUGACUGUCAGCUGCAGGAGUGCAGGAUGUGGCAUUCCUAAAAUCCUUAGAGCUUGAGGAUAAGGUCAGGGAAGUUUGAAGAGUUCCAGUGUUUAUUUGAUUUAAACAGAACUUUUUAUUGCUCCGGCUGUGCUGUAGAUCACACGAAGAUCACAGGUUCACUGCACUAUUAUUGGUAUUGGUUCAUAUUAUUGUAAAGUAUCCAUUUAUUCUGCAAAGGAGUUUUAAAAUAAGCUGUCAGUAAGUACACAUUCUUCUUGUCGUAAGUUAUUCUGAAAAGCAGGGACUGAAAAGCAGACUUCAGUGUGAUUAACAAAUCAAAAGCUGAAUAAACUUUGGCCCGUGUUUGAAAUGUGUACCUUAAUUGUCUAUAUUCCAAGAAGGUGACUUUGUUAGCAGGAACAUCAGCAUCCACUACUGACAAUCCUAAAACCAAAUUAUCAAAUGUUUGAUUCAUAUUCAUUCUCUUUUGCUAUAGUUUUACUUCAAGUAUUGUAAGAUGUCCUUUUUAAUUUCUUGU